AUGCCUCCAAUAGCUGGUAGAAGUGAUAACAAGACACAAUCAGCUAGUAAUUCAAGUAAAUCUAAAGUACAAAAGCCACUGGCACAAAAAGAGUCUAUACGGCCUAAAAGUCAAUCGAAUGUUACUUCUAAUAAUAUUCGUUCAUCUUAUCCGUCAAAAGGUAAUGAAACAGUAUUAAGAUCGAAAUCAAAUGAUAUACUUGAUAAUAAUAACAAUAAUCGUCUUGUUCAGUUAAAUGAUUAUUCUACAAAAGAAUUACUCUCAUAUUAUCGGCAUAAAGUUGAAAUGUUAACUGAAGAUCAUGAAACAUUUCAACGACGAUUAGAUAAAAUUCAUGAUGCUAUUGGUAAUCAAGAAGCGCUUAGCUUAGAAUUAAAUCAACGUGAUGCGGAGAUUUCAGAACUUCAAAGAGCUUUAUCCGAUAUGCAGGUUUAUCUUUUUCAAGAACGUGAACAUGUUCUACGUUUAUAUGCAGAAAAUGAUCGUUUAAAAAUUCGUGAACUUGAUGAUCGAAAGAAAAUACAACAUUUACUACAGUUGUCUAAUUUAGGGCCAAGUGAAGUAACUUACUUUGUAAAACAGCCUUUUACAAAAUCACAAGAUGAACAACAGAAUACACUUAAUAAUGUAGCCGAUGAAAAUGCUAUCGAUGGUGAAGAUAAUCAUCAGCAGCAUAACCAGAAGUCAUCAUGGAUUUCAGCUAUCGCUGUUAAACCAAUCAUUCCAACAGCUCCAUCUCAUGGUGUUAUGGAGUUUACUGCAUCAGGAAAAACAGUUUUAAAACCAAGUACAAAUCAAACAAAAUCAAAUCAUGCAACUAGUACUGAACCAGCCCCAAUAUCUUCUAAGUCUGAUUCAGUAUCUCGUACAGAACAUGAAGCUGUAUUAAGAGAACUUGAAAUGUCAAAAUCUUCGCUAAGAGCCUUACAAACACAAUUGGAAGAACAAACACGCAAUGCACGUGAACAAAUUGAUUCACUUAUGGAAGAUCGUAAAGCUAUGCAAGAGGAAGCUGAUAGUUUACGUAAACGUAAUGAAGAGAAGGCACGUGUAUCCUCAGAACAGCUUAAACGUUGUCAAGAAUUAUUAUAUGAUAGUACUAAAGAAUUCUUAGCACAAAGGAAUCAAUUUCGUCAAGCUGAAAAAGUAUGGAUUGCUGAGAAAGAUAAAUUAUUAAGUCAGAUAGGCACGAAAAAAUUUAAUUCUACUGGUGUCAGUGCAUCAACUGUCUCUGUUAUGAAAACUGAUGGACGUAAUCUCACUGAUCCAUUGGCUGACAGGAUAAAUAAUCAUAAUAAUUAUACUAAUCCUAUGGAUUUAUUAAAUAAUGCUAAUAUACAAAGUUUAGAAUCCCGUGCAUGGGCUGAAGUAAAUCAACAAAAACAGAUACAAUUAGAGAAAACAAUUCAAAAUUUAGAAAAUCAAUUGGAUCAACAACAAAAACUGUCUGAUAUGUAUAGAGAUCAAGUUAUUCAAUUAGAAGAAGAAUUAGUUCGUGCACGUGAAGAAGGCGUUCUUUCGAAAGAUCUCUUCAAAGAUCAAGCUCAUAAACUUCAUGAACGUGUACAGGUUAUGUCACAACGUUAUCAAAAUUUAGAACGUAGACGUCAAUUAGAAAUGGAAGGUUAUCGUACUGAUAUUAGUACAUUACGUAAAAAAUUAAAAGAAGUUGAAAGACAAUUAUUAAAGUUAACUCUUGGUUUUACGGAUGGAAUCAAUCUACCAGAAUCAGUCAAUGGGAAUAACAAUAAAGACAUUGAUAUAGCACUACUGAAACAAGUUAAAGCAUCUACAACUCGAUCGAAUCAAAUAAUGAAUGAAUUGAAAAAUCUUAAAUUGAAAAUGUAUUCACUUGAAGAUGAGCUACGUAAAAUUUAA